AUGGAUUACGCUGCGACUCUUGGCUUGGGGCAAUUAGAUAUGGUUGGUCUCAGGCUCCUGUGCGCUUUUGAUGAUGGUGACGAUCCUAUGGAUGGUGUUGGACAUGAUGGUGAUGCAAUUUUUCUUGGUGCAGGUGUGGGCAUUGGUGGUGAUGGCAAUGGUGCUGGUGGCGUUGGUGGAGGCAAAGAUAAAGGUGGUGCUGAUGGAGGCGGUGAUGGUGAAGAUGGCACUGGUGGUGCCGAUGGAGGCGGUGAUGAUGAAGGUGGCAUUGGUGGUGCUGGUAGCGGCGUUGAAGGUGAUGUUGGUGGUGCUGGUGGAGGCGAUGUUGAUGGUGAUAUUGGUGGUGCUGAUGGUGCUGGUGGAGGCGGUGGUAAAGGUGGUGUUGGUGGUGCUAGUGGAGGCCCUACGUGGCAUGUGUUUUGCUAA